GCCAGUUGUGCGUUUUAUCCCAAAGGAUUUUUUCCAAAUCGAAGCGCUGGAAGUCGCAAUGCAUCUAUCUGAUAUCGUCCGUUAAAUAUAACGGGUUGUAGCAUUUGCCUAGUGGGUUCCGUCGCCGCUGCACCACUCGUUCAUUAGGAAGUGCGGCGCUACAUCUAAUUGAAGAUGCGGGCUGCUGAAUUAUUUACUUAGAUUUUCAUUUACGAAGAAAUCUCGGCCAGGACGAAAAAGAAACUUGGGCUAAUCCUGGUCACAUUUUGCCAUGGUAACAAUGGGCCGUUUAGACCCAUCUAACAACACAGAGGGGGCGAUGCCUGCCAGAAGGGACUACACCUACAGGGACCAGGAGAGUCUGGGUAAUGACGACAUGGACAUCCAUAGACCAGGCUUCACGACGGACAUCACCAAGAACUUCAGCGUCCAGAUCGCCCUCAUUGCGGCGUACUCCCUCAUCAUCCUGCUGGGGCUUCUUGGAAACUCCUUGGUUAUCUACAUGAUCAUCCGUUACAGGAACAUGCGCACAGUCACCAACUUCUUCAUUGCCAACCUGGCCCUGGCUGACCUAAUGGUGGACAGUCUCUGCCUGCCCUUCACCCUGGUCUACACUUUACUAGACGAAUGGAAGUUUGGCGCCAUUCUCUGUCACCUGGUACCUUACUCUCAGGCCCUCAGCGUCCACGUCUCCAUCCUCACGCUCACCAUCAUCGCCCUGGAACGUCAUCGCUGCAUCGUCUUCCACCUGGACCAGCGGCUCUCCCGACCUGCCAGCUUCGGCAUCAUCACCCUGACCUGGGUGGUGGCGGCCGUUCUGGCAGCCCCGCUGGCUAUUUUCCGGGAGUACCGCUACGUGGAGAUCGCCCCCAUCGAUUUGCGCAUUGCCGUCUGCUCUGAGAAAUGGCCCAAUGGCACCAACCGGGAUGGCAUCAUCUACAGCUUCUCCAUGCUACUCCUGCAGUACGUGCUACCUCUGGGCAUCAUAAGCUACGCCUACACGCGCAUUUGGCUCAAGCUCAAGAACCACGUGAGCCCCUGUAACCGGAGUGACACCCUCCAGCGACGUAAAAACACCACCAAGAUGCUUGCCCUGGUCGUGGUGGUCUUUGCCGUCUGCUGGCUGCCCUUCCACAUCUUCCAGCUGGCCAGUGAUCUGGACCUGGUCCUCAAGUUUAAAGAAUACAAGCUCCUCUAUACCCUUUUCCACAUAAUUGCCAUGUGCUCCACCUUCACCAACCCCCUCCUAUACGGCUGGAUGAACAAGAACUACAGAAAUGGCUUCCUGAUGUUUUUCCGCUGUGAGCACAAACCCGAGACCAUUCGCCCCGAGGGCUCCUUCAAGACACGGUCUCAACGGGCUUUGGCCCAGUGCAGACAGACUGGUGAGCACCCCCCAGCUGCCGUGUGAUGUAAAUGCCAACAGCUUACCUGGGUGCAUAAAACUAAAUAUGUGUACCCAUCGUUGAUGAUGUUUGUAAGUUGCCAUCAUUAUGUGACUUCAGAUGCUACAUCCAAUCCUGUACAGCAACUAACAAUGUACUUAAGAUUUUCAUUUUUGAUUUCUAUGGGUACUACUAACUCAUGGCAACAUAACUGUAUAGCUUUAACUCCUAGAACGAGGCACAAAUAAACUAGGAACCUGUUUGCCUUUUUUUCUCCAUUUUUUGUUUCCAAAUUAGACAUGCCAUUAAAAUAUAUUAAUAUAUUGCAUUUAAUAAUUUACAUAAGAUGUAUUUUUGAAUUUGCAGUAUGUUGAAAAAAAUGCGAUCUUCAAUUCUGUGCCUUCUUCUUCCUCAGAUGCUCUAAAUACCUCUACUUUUAAUCAUUAAUGGAAUGCUAUUUUUUUUUUGUUAGAAAACAGGUUAGAUAACACAUCAGAAAUAAGAAACGGUAUUUUUACAUAAGGAUUAGAAGAAUAACAUUUUUUUAAAUUGUCAUCCCUUGCAUACAGCUGCAGCAUCUAAAUCUCUUCUUCCCUGAAGGGCUGCUGUCUAUGGUUAAAAUGAGGAUUUGAUGAUUGACCAAAUUUUUUUAAUAGUUGCUAUAUCCUGUGGAAAAAAUGUCUAAUGAGCGCAUUAGACGUGAAAGACAUUUUGCAUUAAAUGGAUGUAUUUUUGGGGGGCGUUCUGGGUGGUGUGGUGGCUCAGUGACUUUCACUGUUGCCUCUUUCUCCAGGGUUGUGGGUUCAGAUCCCUUCUUUGGGUGUUUCUGGAAGCUGCUUGCUUGUUCUUUCUGUUUCACGCCGGCAUUUCUCCAUCGUUACAUGCAGUACUGUCUCUGAUUUGCUUAUUGUGUGUGACUGCAUUAGCCCUGGGUUGGCAUCCCGUCUGGCACGUAGCCCAGCAUUGUGCCCUAUGCUGCUUGGCAUAGGAUUCAGACCCCAGGCCGGGUAAGUAACCGGAGUAUGGAUGAGUCAUGGACAUUACUGCAAAAAAGUCAAGAAUGCGUAAUUAUAAUUAUUCUUGCAAAUGUAUCAUUUUUUUCCACUGGGGAUCAAUAAAAAAAACAUUUUAUCUUCCAUAAGUGAUCAUUUUUAAAGUAAA